GUACAGGGACUGUUCUACAUUUCACCCGUAGAUGCAGCAACUGUGGCGGUGGCGAAUACCUCGAUCAUUUUUGACGAGUGGCAACUGCAGGGGGCGGCGGCGUCGGCGGCGGUUCCGGGCGGCGGAGACGCGGGUAAGGAUCGCGCCAAGAUCCGCUUCGCGGGGUGGUCGGAGAUCCCGAUAGCACAAUGGCAGGCUCAGUUCGCGGAGUGCGAGGAAAGGUGGGGCGGAGCAGCGGCGCGUCGCAGAGCCUGUGGUUGGCUUCGAAUCCGAGCAAGAGGUGGGGGGAGGCGUUCUUCUUGAUCUACACCCCCUUUUGGCUCGUCCUGUGCCUCGGGAUCGUCGUCCCCUACAAGCUCUACGAGAGAUUCACCGAGUUGGAAUACUUUAUUCUGGGAUUGGUGUCAGCUGUUCCAGCUAUACUGAUACCACUGUUUCUUGUGGGAAAGGCUGAUAGUGGCAAAAGUUUGAAGGAUCGCUACUGGGUGAAGGCAAAUCUCUGGAUUAUAAUUUUCAGUUAUGUGGGAAACUACUUUUGGACUCAUUAUUUUUUCACUGUACUUGGAGCGUCAUAUACUUUUCCAUCAUGGAGGAUGAAUAAUGUUCCCCAUACUACAUUCCUUCUGACUCAUGCUUGCUUCCUAUUUUACCAUGUCGCAUCAAAUAUGACACUACGUAGAUUGUGCCAUUCCAUUGCUGGCUUACCACAGUCUAUUCAAUUUUUCACUGAAGCAGCUUGGAUUUUGGCCCUUUCAUAUUUCAUUGCAUACUUGGAGACUCUAGCUAUUGCAAAUUUCCCAUAUUACGAGUUUAUUGAUCGGGCAUCAAUGUACAAAGUAGGAUCAUUGUUUUAUGCAAUAUACUUCAUCGUAAGUUUUCCAAUGUUUCUAAGGAUAGAUGAAAAGGUUGGCGAACCAUGGGACUUACCAAGAGUAGCCGUCGAUGCCCUAGGUGCUGCUAUGCUUGUUACUAUUAUUCUCGAUUUAUGGCGCUUGUUUCUGGGACCCAUUGUUUCAAUCCCAGAAUCGAAGCAGUGCGCUCAGCCGGGGCUCGCAUGGUUUCAGAUACGUGAUAGUGUCAUGCAGAAUAAAAGCGUGUGAUUAAAAAGAUCAGUUUUGUUCAAAGGAGGAGACUGUUCUACACUUUCUUGUAUUAGCUACCGUAAUAUCAAAGGACACACUCAGGCUGUUCUAGGUUUAACUUGUCUGGUGGGGUACGGUCGUAUUGAUGUUUUUUGUUUGUGUGAAGAUUUUUCUUUCUCGGGAAUUAGUGGCGACCAAAUUAUUCUAUUGAUGUUGGUGGUUAGUACAUUUACGGUCCAGAAUUUAGCAGCUGUACUUCGCAGAGACCAUAUGCAUCUUUUUGUUGGUUUCUGUUCUUUAAGAAUGCAGGAACUAUUUGAAAUUUGUACAAUUUGUCAUUUGCAGUGCUAAGAACUUCUUUGGCCUUCA